UAUUUUACCCUAAUCUUAACCUCACCCUGUUUUCUUAACCCUAAACAUAACCAUAAUCUUCUGUUCAUAUAUGAUCCCAAUCUUUCAUAAAACAAUUCUUUACAUUGAGGUGGAGGGGUGCCGAUCUUUGGAUUAGGUGUCAAGAUGGCCUGUGCGUAAAAAUCACACCGCCUUUGGCGGUGCGAUUUUAAAGCAGUUUUUCCUAACCCUAACCCUUUGAAAAAACAGCCUCCGUCCUUUUUGCACGAGCGAAAUUAGAGCCACACACAGCGCACAGAUGAGCCGAAACACGGACUUUUAUUUUUAUGAAAACCACCUGGAAGCAGAGCAGGAUUGGACUCAGGUGCGAUACAGACGGGGGAGAAUGAGACGGGAGCAGCCCUACGCAGAACGACGGGGACAAUGCAGGAUCAAUCACGGAUCUCCAUGGCAACGGCGUCCGCAGCAACAACGACAGGUGGGGCGCUCCUACGCCUCCGUAGCCCAGCGUGACCGAUCUCCCCGCCGAGCGGUUCCUCCACGUCCCUACGUGGAACGACGGGGACAACGGAGCUUCUCUCCAUGGCCACGGCGUCCACAGCAGCAGCGAGGGGCGGGGCGCUCCUACGCCUCCGUGGUCCAGCGGAACCGAUCUCCCCGUACAGCAGCUCCUCUGCGUUUCCAGCAACAGCCCAGCAGACCACGCUCUGCUCCGCGCCGCAGGGGAGCACGGACACCGGCGGAGCAUGUGCGCGCGCCAUGGGAUGGACACGGGCGCAGACCCGGAAGUGCUGCACGGGCCAAUCGAGGAUCUGUGAAUGACAGGAGAGGCCGAGCUGAGAUGAGGAUCCAGUCAACAGAUCCAGACUUCACCACAAAGGUUCGUGUCCUGCACAGAAUCCUCAAAGCGGCCCACCAUUACAGCAAUGUGUCCGAAGGGACCACGCCCCCCUCGAUCGCCAAAACAACCCAAGCUCUGAUAUCUCUAAUUAAACCGGCGUGUCCCAAUAACACUACGCAGAACUUAUUAGAGGGAAAUGCUAAAAAUUGGGAGUGCACGGCCAUGCUUAUCCUGAGAGAGCAUUAUAUGGACAGUGCAGACAGAGAUAUUUGGGAGCUGGCUCAAUUUCCUGACCCAGAUUGGGAAAAUCCAUUCAAGGUAGCUGUGGGCUGGGCGAGAAAGAACUUGGGAAGAAGAUUGCUGGAGGUCACCAUCCGUGAAGCAGAGGACUUCCUCAGAACCAACCUGGGACAAUACGUCCACGCUCCACCACCAGAGGACAGACCGGGACUGCAGGUGUAUCGUCCUUCAACGGAGGAGAACGGGGAGGCCUCAGCUGUAGCCGCAGCAUCCACCCACCAGCAGAGAGGGAUCCAGCGCCCCCCCCCUCCCCUGUGUUCCAGCCACAAAGGGAAUACGAUGAGCACUUUCCUGCUCUGUCGCUCCAGCAGGCCUCUCCUCCUGACUACUGCAGCCUUAAGACAACUAAUGAACAACAAAGAAAUUGUUAUAAAACCAGCCGAUAAAGGCAGUGUGGUUGUAAUUAUGGAUAAAGAAAAAUAUUUAUGGGAGGGUUACAGACAACUCAAGGAUGAAAAAUACUAUAAACAAUUAGAUAAACCUAUAUUCCUAGAAACAUUCCAAACAAUAACCAAAAUAUUUCAUAAAAUAUAUAAUAAAAAUCUAAUAAAUGCAAAACAACGCAAUUACUUGAUUGGAAGCUCGGAGCCCAGAGCAAGGCGAUUUUAUCUGCUCCCCAAAAUCCACAAAGAGCCGGCCUCCUGGAGCAUCCCCUUUGUGACCCCCCCUGGCCGACCUAUAGUGUCUGACUGCAGCAGUGAAACCUAUAGGUCGGCAGAAUUUAUAGAUUACUUUUUAAAUCCACUGUCCACCAAACAUCAAAGCUACAUAAAAGACACAUAUGACUUUAUUGAAAAAAUUAAAACAUUAAAUAUUCCCCACAAUUCGUCCCUUUUUACAAUUGACGUGGACAGUCUCUAUACAAACAUUGACACCCAAGAAGGAUUGGCAGCUGUAAAAAACAUAUUUAAUACAUUUAAGGACCAAAAAAGACCAGACGAGGAAAUCCUACAAUUAUUGGAAAUAAAUUUAACUAAAAAUGACUUUGAAUUUAAUGGACACUUUUUCCUGCAAAUCAAGGGGACGGCGAUGGGGAAGAAAUUUGCUCCGGCCUACGCCAAAAUAUGAUUACAAUAGCUUUACUAGUCAGGGAGAAGUGUGAGAACAAAGUAUUGACAGGAAUGGCCCGUGCAUCCUGGAGCUUCAUACUUAACAGUGUGCAGCUCCUCCUCUUUACCCUCAAACCUUACCUGCCAGCGCCCUCUGCUUCGCUGCUCUGUCUCUCUUUUUCCUCUCUCUGCACCUUCUACCUCCAUCUGAUAACGGGUCUAAUUUGCUUUAUAAUACUCUUUACUUUUACAAGUAUUAAAGAUUAAGAUCAUCUUUGAAACACUUGAUAUAUGUCUUAAUUUGAACUUGAGGAUGCCUUUUAAUUAUUUUAUUUUUACAAAAAACAUUCCUUCUCAGAUCAUUUAAUUUAUCUGAUUAUAUGGCAUUUUGUGUUGUAUUUUGAUCAUUAUCAUGGUUUCAAAGACAUGAAAACCUAUUGUAUGACUGUAACUUGAACACACCCUGUACAUACUGUAUGUAACAGAUUUUAAUUGAUGUAAAUUAGCUACUUUUAUCUUAAAAUGCAAAAAUACGACUGUACUUGAAUGCAGCACUCCGAGUUCGCAAAUUCCCACACUUCAGCCAACAGUGAAGGUGUCAUCCUGCCCAGCGACAGGCUCCUGAUUGGCUGUGAUCACGCAGUGCGUCACCGACAGCCAUGCACAGCCCUCUGCGCAGUCUCACAUUAUACCUUCAUGCUGAGACGAACUCGGAGCGAUUCACUUGUAUGUGUAUAGUUUUAUUUAUUUGUUUUAUACAAGCCUAGCCUGACGAAGUCUACUCUUUGUACGAAACGUUGCUUUGAUGGCUUGUAUAUUUUUUCCAUACUUGUGCGCUCCAAAAAUAAACCGACCUUUUUCGGUAA